UUUCAUUCGUAUUUUGAACGUUUAAAAGGGAAGUUGUGUUUUGUCCGUUUCGUAGUGAUUUUUACACACACACACUAAUGUGUACAUUUAUAUGUGUGCGUGUGUGUAUCUAAUAUUUUUUGUAUAAUUGGCGCGUAGCAAUAGAAGAGAAAAUCUUAAAUUACAUUAGAAAUUACAAAAGCGCCAAGUGACUAACUAAAGGAAAUUGCAGUACCUACAUACAUACAUACAUACAUAGUAAACGUUAAAGAACAAAGAAGUCGCGACAGAAAAAUUGCAUUGAGUACAGUGUAAGCGCAAAAUAUAAUGUAUAAUUAAAAUACAAAAAAUAUGUACAAAGUGAGAAUUUUCCACCACGACCAGUGAAAAACGCCAAAGUACGUCCAUAUUACAUACUACAUACAUGUGUACAUACAUACAUUCAUACUAGCAUCAAGUGACAAAGCUUAAUAUACUUCAAUAGAAAAAAAUCAAUAAAAUAAAAACGAGGAAAGUAAGAAAAUUGUUCAAAAAAUCACAUACAGUGAAAAUACAUAUACAUAUACAUAUACGUGUAAUAAUAAGCGCAUUACAUGCAUGUUUUAUCAACGUAAUAUCGAAAGAGAAAAAAUCGCAUACAAAUCCAUAGUCGAAAUGGCACCCUGCCAAGUGCAUCCAGUUAUAAUUCAUACGAGCAGCAGUGCCGUCAGCGCUAGAACUGCUCCGGUGCGUCCCACUGGCAGUGUGCGCCGAAAUCUCUUCGGUCAGCCGGAUCAACGCGAAAUGGUGCGCACUUUCGACAAUGAAAAUGCACGUCAACGCAAACGUUUGGAUAAUUACAAAAUUAUUGAACCGAUAGCGCAAAGCAAAGAAAUCAAUAUCAAUAAGGAGACGGAGCCUAGCAAUGAAUCUUUCCCUGGUUUGAUCGCCAAGGAGUUGGAGGCACACGAAAAGGAAACGCAAAAACAAAAGUUAAAACAAAAGAGUAGUGGCGAAGCGUCGUCGUCGUCGUCGUUGACGUCGUCGUCGUCGCUGAGUCAACGCCAGGAGCAGAUUGAGAUGACACCAACAUUGUCGACAAAGGCUAAAUUAAGAACGCUCCACACUAACAGUCGCGGCAACUGCGAUGCGGCCAACGAAGAUACGCGCUACAGGCCUUACAUCAAACAGACAUUAAUUACUGAUGUGAUGCCUAAACGAAAAUCAAUACCGCCACCGUAAAUACUGCUGCUGUUUCCGAUGACAUCGUCAUCGACUUGGACAAUGUUUCGGGCGUUUAACAAAUCGCUUGAAAUUUUUGUCGACUGAAGUUUUUGUAAAGGGUGUAUUGUUGCGGGCGAUAUGUGGUGUAUGUAGCUGCGUUUGCUGCUUUAUUUGGUUUGGCGUAUGGCGUUGGCGCAACGGAAACUGCUGUGAGUGCCACGAGCAGUUGAGAUUUGCAUUGAAAGUGGUUUGGUUUUCUGUAUCAUAAUAGGGGUAUUCACGAUCCGGUGUAUACUGUCUAGCAUGGUGCAUAGAUAGCAUAAAAAGCAUGAUUGGCUAAUUUUGUUGUUGUUUGAACACAUGAAACAAAAAUAAAAUUAUCCAAUCAUGCUAUUUAUGCACCGUGCUAGACCGUAUCGUGAAUACCACUAAGUAAAUAAAUUUAUUUUUUUGAUAAUCUAAAGUAACUAAAGCAAAUAAGUGUUUUUAUGUAGAUAUAUAUAAAGUUAUUUGCUAUACAUAUAAUAUUUUAAUUUUUUUAUGAAGUUUAGGUAAAUUUAUUAUUUUGGCACUUGGUGUGGGCUGUGACUUUACAUCAGGCUGGCAGAACUCCAUAAGCAGUAUCUAUAUUUCAAUUUUUUUUAUAAUAUCAUAUCAGCGGAUAGGUAGGUA